AUUUUGUUUUGCAACUGCCCUUUCGCUAUUCUUUUUUCUACCUCUACAAUGUUGCUUUAUGAAUCCGAGAGACGUUGCUGCAAAUCGGCCAUCAGGUUUUCAGGCCAUGUUCCAGAUAAAAUGCUGUCCUUCUUGACUUGACUGGUUUUCCUAUCACCUCACAUUUGCAAGUAAUACGUACCCACCCUCCUCAACAGACGACGAACCAUGUCCCACGCCGUUGACAUUGACCCUAAUAGCGCUCCAGGACUGGCACCGCCAGCAGGACAGACCAACAACCUCGAUAAUCCCUACUCUCUUCAGAACUAUACGUCUGCAACAGCCGGGGUCACUGUAUCUCUUUCAACGAUCGCAGUUCUUCUUCGUGUAUUCAUGAAAGCCAGGGUUUUGCGCAGGGUGCAAUUGGAAGAAUAUAUUCUCAUCUUGUCUCUCAUCGGGCUCUACACUUUCACGGGCUUUAUAAUACAAGCAGUACAUAUGGGUCAAGGCACUCAUCAAUGGAAUGUAUCUGUGGGACAUGUACAAAGCGUUAUCAAAUUGGCAAAUAUCCUCGAAAUCAUAUACUGCCCCACCAUCCUGGGUGCCAAAGUGGCUUUGCUCUUACAGAUGAAGCGAAUGUUUGUCGUCGGCAAAUAUGGGAAGCUUUACUGGCUGCACGAGAUACUGCUCUGGACUAACGUCCCAUGCUAUCUGGCCAUCAUGCUAAGCUUCGCGUUGGCCUGUAUCCCUCGUGAGAAGCUAUGGAACCCUGAGCUCCCGGGUCGGUGUAUCUCCUCCACUGGGUCUCUUAUCGCUUCCUCUGCUCUCAAUGUGCUGUCCGACAUGACUAUACUGCUACUUCCACUGACAGUUAUAAUGCGGCUUCGUCUUCCUCCUAAAAGCAAGCUGAUUCUGGGCGUGGUAUUUGGAACCGGUGUUCUAGGAUGUAUUUCUAGCGUAUUUCGCCUGAUAUACAGCAUACUCUUAACGAGAACCGGGGAUUUUACCUGGGGAAUUGCCCCUGUGGGGCAUUGGGCGCUCGGCGAGAUUUGCUCUGCGAUAUUAUCGGGGGCAAUCCCGAUGCUUCCUGGCUUUUUCAAAUUCGUUCGGGGCCGGAGUACAUCUCAGUCGCCGCCUACAUACGGCAACACGUCCAGCUGCACCCGGCGAGGUCGAAGCACACGCACGGAGCCAAAGGGGGCUGCCAUCACCGAUCCCAGCGCCAACGAUCUCCAUAACUGUUACUAUGAGAUGGGGGUCAUAAAUGAUGCUCAUGUCAGUGCAGCGUCUCUUCUCAAUCCUGAUGAGGAACGUAAUUCUAGGUCUGGUAUUAUGAAGACCAUCCACGUUCAAACGGAAUAUAUCCACACCUGAGCAAUAACUUUGAAUUCGAUUUUUCUACGCUGUUUCUUUUCCAUAAUGGACCAGUUCUGAAACAUGAUUUUAAUACAUUCAUCUCACAUUGACUUUACCUGGAUUGAACCCAUACCGAAUUCCUUUUAGGGUUAGGGUUUCGUUUUGCGAUGAGUGGAUAUAACAUAACCAACGAU